AUGAUAGUGGUCAAUUGUGAUACAUGCAGGAGUAAUGAUGUGGGGUUAUUAGGAAUUAUUAUUGUGAGAAGAUGUUUGAAAUACAGAGUAAGAUCGCUAACUCAAAUGGUUUUCAAAGCAGGUACAAAAAACACAGCUAUUAAGAAAGAUAGACAAAAGGUCUCAAAGGCAUGUGACAACUGCAAAGCUAGAAAAUAUAAGUGUAGUGGAAUAGUCCCAUGUGAGCAAUGCCAAAAGAGAAAGAUAGAUUGUAGGUUUUUGAAUAUUGACAAAAGAAGGUUAAAAGGUGCUGGGAAGAAAAUUAUUGAUAAUAAUGAAAAUGAAGUGUUGUCUAGUAGGAUACUGGUCUCAAGUUUGCAAGAAGAUUCAAAUUCUUUAUCCCCAUCUAAUAAACGAGGACUGGAACAUAUGGAGAAGGGUCCUUUAAUGUCUCAGUAUAAUGAAAUUCACAAAGAUGAAUUACCAUUUCCUGAAAAACUGGAUACUUCAAAUAAAAGAGAUAUUGCUCAAUCAGACAACCUGAAGAAGUUAGAAUAUUUCAAGCAAAAAGACUCUCGAUUACUAUUGGAUUCUGUUGGAAAUCUCAGAUAUAUCGGAGAGAGCAGCCCAUUAUCCUUGUUGUAUGAUUGUCGGAAUGUAUUUCGUGAUGUAUUAGGAAGUUCAAAAUUUACGGAUGACCCACAAAGAGUGAAGAUCGUUGAUAGACCAUGUACGAUAGGCACAUGCAUACCCAUACAGUUACCUCGAAAAGAUCUCACUGAUAACUUGAUAAAACUAUUCGACGACAACAUCAACCAAACUUUCUACGUCUUCAAUUUGAACUUUUUUAAUAAAGAAAUAGUGGAUUUUAUUUAUGAGAACCCAUUGAGGGCGAAACCAGAAAAGCUAGCACUAUUAUAUCUAGUUCUAGCAUUAGGUUUACUAUUUAAAGAGCUUUCAUUUGGUUCUUCCUUAUUUGAUUCUCUUCCAGUUUCUUCUGAAAAUUUUUUCAAUAGUGGAUACAGUUACAUGAAAGACAUCAUCGACGAUGGCCAACUAUGGCUAACCGAGGCUUACUUUCUUAUAUAUUUUUACUACCAGACAACCUCAAAGAGAAGCACUUCAUGGUUAACUCUCGGUACAGCUAUAAGAAAUGCUCAGGCUUUAGGUCUCCAUAGAAAAAGCAUUAAUGAAUCCUUCAAGAAUCCAGAAUAUGUAUUACAUAGAAGAAAAUUAUGGCGCAGUUUAUACAUCUGUGACAGAAUUUCUUCUAUUUUUCUUGGUAGGCCAUUGCAAAUAUCUCAUAAUGAUUGGGAUGAGUUUGAUUUGACGGAGCCAUUGGAAACUGUCGAUUAUGAAACCUUAUAUUUGGCUGAAAUAUCAAAGGUCGCUAAAAUAAAUGGAGAUAUAGUCCAAAAUUUUUAUAUGAAUGGUAUUCUGGGGAAGGAAAAUGCUGACAGCUUGUCGUCAGAUUUGAAAUCAUGGUCAUUGAAUUUGAGAAAGGAUUUGCAAAUUGACCUGCUUUUGUCUCUGAAAAUUAAAAUGAACUGCAUGGAUCCAUAUACCAUACUAUUAAUGCAUCUUGUCCAAAUGUAUGGUAUUUUUUUACUAAGCAAGCCAUUUUUCUUAUAUGUUAUCAAACUGAAGUCACCGCCACAGGCUAAGACUUUAAGCUUUUAUAAAUCAUGCAUUAAAUCGUCGGUUAUAUCAAUUCAGCUCAUCUCAUUUUAUUUAAGCAAAAAUCCUAACAGAGUUGAACUGUACACAACCAUUAACUGCUGUUUUAUGGCUGCUUUGGUCAUUGGUCUAUCAAUAAUUCAUGCUGAGACUAACGACGAAAACUGUGAUUAUAGCACUUCAUUCUUAAUGAGAUGUUUAAUAAAGGCAAACAAAAUACUUUCCUUUUAUGGAACCUUUAGCGACACUUCUGAAAGAUUCAACACGAUUGUAAGGUAUAUGAUGGAAGCAAUCGAUUUUCAGAAGUUAUCAGACGAUACCAAUGUGAACAAGAUGGAAAACAUUUAUGAUAGCUCCGAAAAAGAUAGCUAUGCUGAUAGGGGAGACAUUGAAAAUCUUACAGAUUUUCUACAAUUUCAGAGAUCUUUCGUUCCUUCCAACGCUUCUAUAAACCAAAAAUUUGAUAAUUACGAGACGGAAGAGGAUUUAAGUGUCUUCAUGUGUAAUUUUGAGUCAAAUGACUUAUUUUUUGAGCAUAGCAUUCUGUCGCAUUUAAGCUGA